AUGAAGAUCGCCACAGCUUCGGUCUCCCUGGCAGGAGCAGUACUGACCCUGAUCUUGCUGUUGCGAGUGCUAGGCGUCCGUUUUCUGGCAGGAUUCGGUGGGUCUUUGUUCGUGUCGACGUACGUGCCGUCUUUCAAAAACAUCCCAGACGUGGAAUACUAUGAUCUUCGCAAUUAUCAAGGCAACAAGGACGGGUGGCAACGCAGCGACCGUGUACUGUUCACAGUGCCGCUUCGUGAUGCGGCUGAGCAUCUGCCCAUGUUUUUCGAGCACAUGCUUCAAAUCAGCUAUCCUCACCACCUCAUCGACUUGUCAUUCCUGGUGAGUGACUCCUCAGAUGACACCAUGGGCGUGCUGCUCUCGAAUUUACAACGCGCGCAAUCCCAACCGGACCGCAGCAAAAGAUUCGGAAACAUCGAGAUUUACGAAAAGGACUUUGGUCAGGUGAUCGGGCAAUCUUUCUCUGACCGACACGGUUUCGCCGCCCAGGGACCGCGUCGUAAGCUCAUGGCGCGUGCCCGUAACUGGCUUGGGUCUGUUGCGGUCAAACCGUAUCACUCUUGGGUUUACUGGCGUGAUGUCGACGUGCAAACCAUUCCAAAGACCAUUUUGGAGGACCUCAUGCACCACGACCGCGACGUGAUCGUCCCCAAUGUGUGGAGACCACUUCCAGACUGGCUCGGGAACAUACAGCCCUACGAUUUGAACUCGUGGCAAGAGUCGGAAGGUGGACUUCAAUUGGCUGACUCCCUAGACGAAGACGCCGUCAUCGUCGAGGGAUACCCGGAAUAUGCCACCUGGAGACCACACUUGGCUUACAUGCGUGACCCUAGUGGGAACCCCGAAGACGAAAUGGAACUCGACGGUAUUGGCGGUGUCUCCAUCUUGUCGAAGGCCAAAGUUUUCCGGGCUGGGUCCCAUUUUCCGGCCUUUUCAUUUGAAAAGCACGCAGAAACCGAGGCCUUCGGCAAACUUUCCAGAAGACUUGGAUACAGCGUAAUUGGUCUGCCCCACUACGUUAUCUGGCACAUUUACGAACCAUCGUCGGAUGACUUGAAAUACAUGGCAUGGAUGGCAGAGGAGGAAAAACGUAAGAUUGAAGAAUCACGUAUUCGGGAAUUCUACGACCGUGUGUGGGGUGCCGCGUUUGACGACGUUCGCGACGAUUGGGAGAUCGAACGCACACAGGUGCUCAAAAACAUAGACCCCAACGUUCUCGACCGUCAAAUCGUUGUUGAUUGGAGCAGUGACGAGGACGAUUAUCCCGACACACCACCCAACGAUCAAGGACGUGACGCUGCCGGUUCCAAACAUGCUGCGGCUCUCAACAAACUCGAAGAAGAAGAUGAAAACUCAGACGUCGCCGGUGGUGCCGGUGCCGCGGCUAAGCCUGCUGCUGCCAAAGCUGCUGCCGGUAAACCCGCUGCGGGUAAACCUGCUGCUGGCGCGGCUGCUGGACCUGCUGCAGGUCUAGAGGUGCCUCUGGAUUUUGAUCCAGGCGUUUAG